GGCCUUCUCCAGCCUCCUCUCUUCCCCGAUUCCCAAACCCUAGCCUAGGAGAAGACGAGAGCCGACACCCUCCGCCGCCGGCUUCCAUUGCCGCCACCGCCACAGCCAACGGGCAGCAGGAUGGAGGCUGGCAGGCCGGCGAGCGCUGCCGGGCAGGGAGAAUCCUCCUCGUCCUCCGGCGCGAUGGCGGUGGACGCGGCUGGCGGCGUGGAGAAGCCGCGGUUCGAGGCGCUGAUGCCGAGCGAGAUGAGCGGCGGGAGGCCACAGUUCAGGAAGGUGCCGGUGCCGCAGCACCGCUUCGCGCCGCUCAAGAAGGCGUGGAUGGAUAUCUACACCCCCGUCUACGAGCACAUGAAGAUCGACAUCCGCAUGAACCUUAAGGCAAGAAGGGUGGAGCUGAAAACAAGACAAGACACACCUGACGUGAGCAACCUUCAGAAGUGUGCAGACUUCGUACAUGCUUUUAUGCUUGGUUUUGACAUCGCCGAUGCUGUUGCGCUGCUCCGUCUCGAUGACCUGUAUGUGGAUUCCUUUGAGAUCAAGGACGUGAAGACACUCCGAGGAGAGCAUCUGUCACGUGCUAUUGGCCGCUUGUCAGGAAAAGGAGGCAAGACCAAAUAUGCCAUCGAGAAUUCUACGAGGACUCGCAUAGUUAUCGCUGAUACGAAGAUCCAUAUACUUGGAUCCUUUGUUAACAUCAAGGUUGCUCGGGAUUCACUCUGUAGUCUUAUCUUAGGUUCUCCUGCAGGCAAAGUCUAUUCUAAGCUAAGGGCUGUUUCUGCUAGGUUAGCAGAAAGGUAUUAGAUGGUGCAUCGUACCGUUGCAGUUUUGGCCUCGUAAUAUGUUGUAUUGGCUGAUUUGUGUGCCUGGGCUCUUAAUUGUAUCGUUCGAAUGAACAAACUUAAAAUGCUGAGAGUUUUGUAACAAUACAUAUGCAUUGUGUUUAGUUCUGUCUGUUGCCCCCCUGUUUCCGGAAAUCUA